AUGUAUAUCCAUCUGCGGAGUAGAGUACAAGGUGGAGAUACAGCUCUUGCUGACCAUCUUAAAACCCAGAAUGAAUUAAUCAACAGUUGUGGAUCUGUAAUUUUGGAUGAAAUAAUCCAAGAAUUAAAAUCAAACACUUUCUUUUCUAAUCUGGCAGAUGAAGCUGCUGAUUUAUCUAAUAAAGAGCAAAUGUCCUUAGUUUUACGUUUUGUUGACAGUAAUUUGAAUAUACGUGAGGAGUUUGUUCAAUAUAUUCAUUGUGAUGAGGGGCUGGCAGGUAAAGACUUGAAGUCUGUUCUCUUAAAGUCACUUCAUAACCUGACUUUAAAUAUUAAGGACUGUCGGGGUCAAGCAUAUGAUGGUGCAAGUGCUGUUGCUGGGUAUAAGAAUGGACUUUCUGCCCAUAUUCUUAAUUUAAAUAAAAAGGCUAUAUAUGUUCAUUGCAACAGUCAUCGUUUAAAUUUAGCAGUUGGAAAAUCUUGUACAAUCAGCUUAGUUGCCCAUGUGAUGGCUAAAAUAAAACACAUUUCCUAUUUCUUUAACUAUUCUCAAAAAAGACAGCAAUCCCUUAUGAUUAACAUAGAUAAAUAUAGUCCGACUUCUAAAAAAACUAAAUUAAAGGAUGUUUGCCGUACUCGGUGGGUUGAACGAAUUACUGGUUUAGAUCUCUUUCAAGAGUUAUAUGUGCCUAUUUAUAUUACUUUGGAAGAGAUGAAAUUAAACUUAAAUCGACAGUUCAAUUAUGACACAUCAAAACAAGCUGUUGGUUUUUUUCACCAAAUAGCUAAUUUUGAAUUUCUUGUCACUCUGGUGAUCACAAGGAACGUAUUUGACAUAACACUUCCAGUUACUCAAUUGCUACAAAAUAGAACAAUUGAUGUUAUGGACAGCAUAGAGCUUAUUCAAACAUUAAAAAAUGUUCUCCUUCAAACCAGAAAUAAUGUAGAACAUUUUCAUGAUAGGUGGUAUGAGGAGGCUCUUUCUCUUUGUGAAAAAGUAGGAAUUGUGGAGGAGAAGAAGAGGACUGUUGGAAGGAAAACCACAAGAGAUAAUCAUCCUUCUUUUUCAACUUUUGAUUACUAUAAAAAAUCAGUUACUAACCUCUUUUAG